CCCCCGGCAAUCCAAAUGGCGGCACGGCAGCCCCUUUCCCUGCAGCUACCACCACCAACCUGGGAUGCUCAUCCCGGCCCAGCAGCAGCAUCCUCCCCCGCCGCACAACACGACACACCGUGUGUGUCGCUGUCCCUCACCUCAACUCAAUGCUAUAACAUCCCCCCGCCGCCGCGCUCCCUCUCCACCUUCAUCACCCGCUCUCGUUGUCGUUGCUUGAGCACCCGGCUGCGCCACCCCGAGCUCCCCAUCUUCGCCCUUCCCCCAAUCGGACAGGGUGUCGGGGUUCCAUCUGCACUGCGCCGCAGUCCCAGCGCCAGCGCCAUGAAGCUCCUCGCGGUCGCAGCCGUGUCCUUGAUCCUGCUCGUGACCUCUCAGAUGGUGGUCACAUCCCACGCAGCCGGCUGCGACAUCCUCAAACUAACGCCGUGCGUUGCAGCCAGCAGGAAUGCCAAGGUGAUGCCGUCCAGGCAAUGCUGCUCCAACAUCGCCGGCAUGGGCAAGGGGCUUCCGGGAGCCAAGUGUCUGUGUUCUCUCCUGAGCCACCCUCUGGCCAGGUCGCAAGGGGUGGCUCCCCGGAUCGCUCUUGGCAUCCCCCAGAAAUGCCGCAUCGCCGUCCCGAGGGGCUUCGUGUGCCAAGGAAUUCGCGUCCCCGGAAGCUGAGCUCUCAGGGUCCAAGCCGGAGCACCGCCGUGGCCACGUGGGGUGGGAGUGGACGGAAAGCUUCUGAGCGUGCAGCCGAGUAGAGUGGCAUUGUGUACUCCGCUGUGAAAGCGGGACAAUUAUUUAUAAAUGUGACAACGUCUUUCCGUGACAUCCGGCACGCAGUGCUGGUGUGACAGCCUUUGUAAUCGUAA